UCCUCUGUCAGCUGUUGCACUUCACUCUGAAACCAUGGCCAAGGACAUGACGCUGCUGUGGGGCUCCGGCUCUCCUCCCUGCUGGAGGGUCCAGCUCAUGCUGGAGGAGAAGCAGCUGCAGGGCUACAACCAAAAACGGCUCUGCUUUUAUAAAAUGGAGCACAAGUCCCAGGAGGUCCUGGACAUGAACCCCAGAGGUCAGCUUCCUGCCUUCAAAUGUGGGAACUAUAUCCUGAAUGAGUCUUACGCCGCCUGCUUUUUCCUGGAGAACCAGUACAAGUCCCAGGGAAACAAACUGAUUCCUGACUCCCCUGAAGCACAAGCACUGAUGUACCAGCGCAUGUUUGAGGUUUUGACACUUGGCCAGAAAAUGUUGGAUCUUGUCACCUACAACUUCAAGGUUCCAGAGGGGGAAAGACACGACUCUGCUGUUCAGAGAAUUAAGGAGGCUCUGACAACUGAGCUCAAGCUGUGGGAGGGAUACCUGAAUAAAACGGACUGUUGUCUAGCUGGAAAAGAAUUCACACUGGCUGAUGUUGCUUUUUACCCAGUCAUUGCUGUUAUAUUCCGCUUUGGGUUAAGUAGUGAGCGUUACCCUGCACUGGCAAAAUACUACAACUCUCUGAAGGACAGACCCAGCAUCAAAGCCUCCUGGCCUCCUCACUGGCAUGAACCCCCCGAACUGGACGUGAUGAAAACCAUCUGAGAUCUAAAUCCUGCUCAGUGGAUAUACUAACAAUUCCUGUCAUGAUUCGAUAUGUAACCACUCCUUGCAUUGCACUACUUUUUAAAAAACUACACUUUGCUUCUGCUAUGGAGAGCAAUUUUCUACGUAGUGUAAAAAGAGGAGAAACUGAAACAUAAUCCAGUAAAAGAUAAGACUGUUAGCACUCAAUAAUAUGUAUGACUGAGUUUAUUUACAUGUGAGAAUAAAAGUCCCCACUGAUACAGUUUAAUGUUAGUACCACCUUCAUGUUUUACUUAUUCAGCUCCCAUACCCCUUAUAUGUACUAAUGUAAUUGUAUACUUUGAAAUAAAGCAUUUCUACUUGGAACAAUAA